AUGGCUAGGGCAUGCAGAUCGAGGAGGACUAAUCUAAAAGUCUCCCGCCGGGUUAACUGGUGUGCGGAGCCCAGCACCUCCGACCUUGACGAGAUGGACAGUGGUGAGAAUAACAUUGAUAGAGUGAGUCAUAAGGAACGUCAAGGUCGUAGAGAAGAGCUGGCAAAGUGGAGGCAUCAGGCCGAGAGGUCCAGAAGGACCCAAGGUUUGAAGGUCGGACGAUCCGCCAAGAGGCGUCGAUCGGGAGGCCCGUCGUUGUGCCAGAAAGUGGAGCCAGCUUCUAUGCUGAGCAUAAAUAUCCACGGCACCGACAUAGCGUGUGAAUUGGAUACCGGAGCCUCGGUAUCGAUAUUGGAUGUGUCAUCAUGGAAGAAAAUAGGCAAGCCUCCACUCACGGAGCCCACAAUAGAGGCCACAGCCUACAAUAAUAGCCCAAUUCCAGUUUUGUGGCAAGUGCACAGUGUGGGUCAGUUCAAUGGUAGGCAAGCGAAAAUGGACCUGCAUGUAGUGGAAGGAGCCACUCGUACUUUAUGCGGAAGGGAUAUGAUCAGAGCCCUGGAAAUCGAUUGUGGCCCCCAUUAUCAGAGUAUACAUGAAAUGCAGGAUAAACCCCUGCUGAUGGUGGGAGUAGAAGCUCACCAGGAUUUUACAGGAUAA